AUGACUAGUAGGUUAUAUAAGGCAAGAUCUUUUCCAAAGGGUUCAUUUCUUGACUCUGAGUUGGGUAAUAAUCCAAGAUUCGUGUGGAAAAGUAUCUAUGAAGCAAAAUCAGUGAUGUUAACAGGUUUACGAUGGGUUAUCGAUUCAGACCGCAGGGAGUGGGGCGUGGAUGUUGUUAGAGAUUUGUUUAAUGUCAGAGACCAACAAUGCAUUUUCAACACUAAGCCUGAUGUCAAUAGUGCUGUGGAUCGUCUAUACUGGAGCAACGAAGUGUCUGGGAUUUACUCGGUGAAGAGUGCUUAUCGGCUCCUUCAAAAGCGAAAAGAGUUAUGGAGUGUUGAUAGUAAUGAUAGUAUUUGGAGCAAAGUCUUGUGGGUAAAAACACCUCCAAAGAAAUUUGUUCCCCUCCCAACGACCUGUCCAAUCUGUCAUUGUGCGGAUGAAACCAUCGUUCAUGAGAUAUUGUCCUAUCCUUUUGCAACAUGUUGUUGGCAAUUAGCAUUCCCGAGUUUGCAGACAACGAUAUGGAUGGAUUUUUCAAGCUGGAUGGUUUAUGCGAUGGAGGUGUGCUAUAAUAUUAGGCCUGCAGAGCUUCUAACGUUGUGUUGGGCGAUCUGGAGUGCCCGUAAUAAGGUGGUGUGGAACCAAAAGCAUCCUAGAGCUACGAAUGUUGUUGCGUCGUCAAAACAAUAUCUUUUACAAUGGAUAUCAGCCCAAAAAUUUGCCACCAAAUAUCUUUUUUCGAAUCAAGUUGUAGAAGUGAUUGGUGUCAAGGAGGCCUUAAGUUGCACAAAACAGAAGGCUUGGAAUAAGGUUCAGGUGGAAUCAGAUUGCUUAGUUGCGACCCAGGCCAUAAGAAGUAAGGUUGCCAUGUCUUUUUUUUGUCGCCGAGUGGUGGAAGAUUGUCGCAAGUUCUUCACUGAGUCACAAACUUUAUCUUCGUUUCAUAUUAAACGAUCUGCUAAUAUGGCAGCCACGUCCUAG